AGCUAAUUAAAUAAAAUAACACAAUUAGUUAAAUUAAUAAAAAAUUCCCGUCUUGUCUUUACGUUAGCUAAAUCCGUAAAAUCGUAAUAAUAAUAAAACCACUGUUAUUCCCGCUCAAAUUUUUAUUGCCUUCCUAAUUUCAAAAUCUCUCUACUUCGCGGGUCCAUUACUCUCUCUCUCACCUUCCACGUCACCACCCAUAUUCUUCCUUCCCUUAAGUUAACCACCUCCCCGAAAAUUUUACGAAUAAAUAAUAAAAAAAUAAAAUAAAUAAAAAUAAAGCCUAUCAUCACUCUCUCUUCUCUAUUACAAAUCAAAUCUCUUCUCUUUCACUCACUCUCUAUUUCUCUCUCUGCAACUCUUUAGCUUAAAGAAGAAGAAAUAAUCUCUUCUCUUCUCUCUUUCUAGCUUCACCAGCUUAAAGCAUCAAAGCCAAUUUUAUUUUAUUUGAAAAAAAAAGAAAACAAUGUCAUUCACUUUUGAAUCAGACGCCAUGUGACUGCACUGACUCAUUCUCCUUAUUUGCUUGUAUUUGUGUUUUUUUUGUUGUUCUUUACACUUCUCUCAGACCGAGUCAGUCACUCAUUGACUCAUUCUUCUGAGUCAACUCGACUCGAUUGGACUAAAGUAGUGGAAUUCUAAUUAAUGGCAUCAUCGUCUCGAGCACGUAGUAGCUCUCCAUUUUCUUAUAGAAAACCAUCAAGUCCAUUCUCUUCAACUUCUUCUACUUCUUCUUUCAACAACAACAACAACAACAACAGCAGCAACAAUAGGUUAAUGCCUCGGUCUUGCUCUUCUUCUUAUUUCAAUUCUUCCGGAUUCGGUACAAGAUCCACGACUCCGAGUCGUUCUCGCUCUGACUCAAUGUACGGCGUUCCUUCUUCGUCUAGAAACUACGGUAAUCGCACUCCUGUAGGGUUUGGAGCUGAUGAAUUGUUAGCAUCCGAGCCGAUUGACGCGUCGAGAAAUGGCGAUAGCAUAUCGGUGACUAUUCGGUUUAGACCGUUGAGUGAGAGGGAGUACCAGAGAGGGGAUGAGAUAGCGUGGUAUGCGGAUGGAGACAAGAUUGUUAGGAAUGAGUAUAAUCCUGCAACUGCUUAUGCAUUUGAUAGAGUAUUUGGACCGCAUUCCACUUCUAAUGAGGUAUAUGAAGUUGCUGCUAAACCAGUAGUUAAGGCUGCAAUGGAGGGUGUUAAUGGAACUGUUUUUGCUUAUGGUGUUACUAGCAGUGGAAAGACACACACUAUGCAUGGAGAUCAAAACUCUCCUGGUAUUAUACCAUUGGCCAUAAAAGACGUAUUCAGCAUGAUCCAAGAUACUCCAGGAAGAGAGUUCUUACUGCGUGUGUCCUAUCUUGAAAUAUACAAUGAGGUGAUAAAUGACUUGCUUGAUCCAACUGGUCAAAAUUUGCGCGUUAGAGAAGAUGCCCAGGGUACUUAUGUUGAGGGUAUAAAGGAGGAAGUGGUUUUAUCUCCUGGGCAUGCCCUUUCUUUCAUUGCUGCAGGGGAAGAGCAUCGUCAUGUUGGUUCGAAUAAUUUUAAUCUCUUCAGUAGCAGAAGCCACACCAUAUUUACACUGAUGAUUGAAAGUAGUGCCCAUGGUGAUGAGUAUGAUGGAGUGAUCUUCUCUCAACUUAAUUUGAUUGAUCUAGCUGGAUCUGAGAGUUCAAAAACCGAAACAACUGGAGUAAGGAGAAAGGAGGGAUCUUACAUAAACAAAAGUCUUCUAACUCUUGGAACUGUGAUUGGAAAGUUGAGUGAAGGGAAGGCAUCUCAUGUUCCUUAUCGAGAUUCAAAACUUACCCGCCUUUUGCAGUCUUCACUGAGUGGGCACGGACAUGUUUCGCUAAUUUGUACAGUUACUCCUGCAUCAAGUAAUUUGGAGGAAACUCAUAAUACACUGAAGUUUGCUAGCAGGGCUAAAAGAGUUGAAAUCUAUGCCUCACGAAAUAAGAUUAUUGAUGAAAAGUCUUUAAUUAAGAAGUAUCAAAGAGAAAUCUCAAGUCUCAAGCAGGAACUUGAUCAAUUAAAGCAGGGAAUUAUCGUUGGUGUCAAUCAUGAGGAGAUUCUAACCUUAAGGCAAAAGUUGGAAGAAGGUCAAGUGAAGAUGCAGUCAAGGUUGGAGGAAGAAGAAGAAGCCAAGGCUGCUCUUAUGAGUCGAAUCCAGAGGUUAACGAAGCUCAUACUUGUUUCUACAAAGAAUACGAUUCCUGGAUAUUUGAGUGAAGUUCCGGUUCAUCAACAGAGUCUCUCUGUUGGUGAGGAUGAUAAACUGGACAUUUUGAGAGAGGGUGCUUUACUUCUAGAAAGCGAGAAUCCAAAAGACUCUAUGUCUUCUGCAUCUGGAAUUCUUUCGGAUGCAUCUCAUGAAUUUAAACACAGGAGAUCUUCCAGCAAGUGGAAUGAAGAACUCUCACCUGUUAGCAGUACAAUUACUGAAUCAACUCAAGCGGGUGAACUUAUGAGUGCUUCAAAACUACCUGCAGGUACAAUGACACAAGAUCAGAUGGACCUUAUUGUCGAGCAAGUAAAGAUGCUUGCUGGAGAGAUUGCAUUCAGCACAAGUACCCUUAAGCGUCUGGUGGAGCAGUCUGCGAAUGAUCCUGAUAGCUCAAAAACUCAAAUCCAGAAUUUGGAACGUGAAAUUCUGGAGAAGAAGAGACAAAUGAGAGCUUUAGAGCAACAUAUUAUUGAGAGUGGUGAGGCAUCAAUUGCUAAUGCAUCAACAGUUGACAUGCAGCAGACAGUUAUGAAGUUGAUGGCCCAAUGUAAUGAAAAGGCUUUUGAGCUGGAGUUGAAGACAGCAGACAACCGUAUCCUCCAGGAACAACUGCAGAAUAAGUGUUCUGAAAACAAGGAAUUGCAAGAAAGAGUGAAUCUCCUUGAGCAGCAGUUGGCUUCACCUUCUGGUGAUAAAUCAUCACUAACUUCUGAACCUGCUGUUUCUGAAGAAUAUGCUGGUGACUUGAAAAAGAAAGUCCAGUCACAGGAAAUUGAGAAUGAAAAGCUAAAGAUCGAACAGGUUCAGCUUUCAGAGGAGAAUAGUGGGUUACGUGUGCAAAAUCAGAAACUGGCUGAAGAAGCUUCUUAUGCCAAGGAAUUGGCUUCUGCUGCUGCAGUUGAGCUAAAGAACUUGGCUAGUGAAGUCACCAAGCUCUCUUUACAGAAUGCGAAAUUGGAAAAGGAAUUGUUGGCAGCUCGAGAAUCCAUGCAUUCUAGAGGAGCCAGCCUGAAUGGUGUUAACCGCAAAUACAAUGACGGUAUGAGACCAGGAAGGAGAGGACGAUUCUCUGGCAGACCAAAUGAAUUUUCAGGAAUGCACUCUGAUGACUUUGAAUCUUGGAGCCUUGAUCCAGAAGAUUUGAAGAUGGAGUUGCAGGCAAGGAAACAAAGGGAGGCGGCUCUUGAGACCGCCUUAGCUGAAAAAGAGUUCAUAGAAGAGGAAUACCGGAAAAAGGCUGAAGAGGCAAAGAAAAGAGAGGAGGCUUUAGAAAAUGAUUUAGCAAACAUGUGGGUGCUUGUUGCUAAGUUGAAGAAGGAAGGAGGAGCUGUCCCUGAGGCGAAUAGUGAUGAGAGGCUUAAUGAUAUAAUAAAUGUAAGUGAACCCAAGAUGAAUGGGGUUGAUCAAAGUAGUGUCCUGAAAGAGAGACAAGUUCUGGAUGCAUCAAAACCAACUGAUGAAAGUACAGAGGAGCCCCUAGUUGUUCGCUUGAAGGCAAGAAUGCAAGAGAUGAAAGAGAAAGAACUCAAAUACUUGGGCAAUGGAGAUGCCAAUUCACAUAUGUGUAAAGUAUGCUUUGAAUCACCAACAGCUGCAAUUCUUCUCCCAUGCCGACAUUUUUGUUUGUGUAAAUCUUGUUCGCUAGCUUGUUCAGAGUGUCCAAUUUGUCGCACAAAGAUUGCAGAUAGGCUUUUUGCUUUUACGUCUUGACACUGCAGUUUAUACCCUCCAAAAUGAGGGUACGGCAGUUGUCUCGUGUUUGUUAUAUUAAGUGGGUGCAAUUCUUUUAUUAGUUUGAUGUAUGUAAUUGUCUAAAAGGUAUAUGAAUAUAUUGUUUUGUUCUGUUCCUCUCCCUUUGGGGCUGUAAAAUAAGAUUGUGAUUAAAGGUUAACAAAAAAGAAAAAGAGAUAUCAGUACAUGCAGAAGUACAGAAUUGAAAGGUUGCAACGUUCUUAAAAGCAGAAUAUCCUGUUCUGUUUCAGUACAUGUAUAGAAACGAUUUAUGCUUCCAAACAGAAGCAUUUUUUUUCUUCUUUUACCUCCUGUAUCUGAGCAAUGCCAGUUCCAUGGUUCUCCAGCUCUUUGCUUA